GUUUAAAAGACUAUGAAAGCAAGUGUGCCAUCGAAGUUAAGGGGUAAGAAGUGGGUUACCUAUGGGCUCCAGAGGGCUUCAAAUUGAGAUCUACUGUCCUGCAGAGUGGCCUCAACUUUGGCAUGGAUCAUAGCUUGCGUGCCUCAGUUGCACAGAUUGUAUUUUUAAGAAUGUGAAGAAAAAUGUGUCCCACAGCACGGUAGUAGAGGAGAUUUUAGUUUUUAGUUAUUUACAAUGUAUGGGCAUUUUAUUUAGAGGAUGUAUAUUCUUAUAAUGUUCGUGUUCACUAUGUUAUGAUAUAUUACACUUACACUAUUUUGAGUAUAGAUUGCACUACAUCAUAUGUAUUGUGUAUAAUAAAGGUGGCGUAACAGCAAAUUGUGUUUUUGUUUUUUUGUUUUUUUCACAAGCUCGUCCACAGAUCUACGAUUCAGCAUGGCUUUGUGUGAUCAAGAAAAACUUUACCGACAAAAAAGAAAGAACACAGUCCUCAACGGAAUCAAGAAGCUUUUGGGACCUGAAAGAAGCAAAGACUUGAAUUCGGCUUCAAGAGAUGUGCCUGUCAUAGCAGUUCUAGGCUCUGGAGGUGGAUUUCGAGCAAUGGUUGGCUUCUCUGGAGUCAUGAAAGCCCUGUUUGAAUCAGGGGUUUUAGAAUGUAUAACAUAUGUUGCUGGAUUGUCUGGAUCUACAUGGUAUAUGUCUACACUUUACUCUCAUCUGGAUUUUCCAAGGAAAGGACCAAAGGAAAUAAAUGAGGAGCUUAUGAACAGCGUCAGUCACAGUCCCCUACUUUUGCUGACACCACAAAAAGUGAAACGCUACAUUGAAGCUUUGUGGAAAAAAAAAAGUUCUGGGCAGCCAGUUACUUUUACUGAUGUUUUUUCCAUGCUUAUUGGAGAGACACUUAUUAGAGAUAGAAUGAACAGCAAGUUAAGUAACAUGCAUGAGAAAAUAUGUGAUGGUCAGUGCCCAUUGCCAUUAUUUACGUGCCUUCAUGUCAAGCCAGAUGUGUCAGAGCUAAUGUUUGCUGACUGGGUGGAAUUUAGCCCCUAUGAAAUCGGAAUGGCAAAGUAUGGCACAUUUAUGCCUCCUGAGCUUUUUGGAAGCAAGUUUUAUAUGGGAUCAGUUAUUAAAAAAUAUGAAGAAUAUCCACUACAUUUUCUAAUGGGUGUUUGGGGUAGUGCAUUCUCAAUACUCUUCAACAGAGUUCUUGGAGUUUCCAGCCAUAAUGCAGGAGCUACAAUGGAAGAAGAACUGGAAAAUAUUAAACCAAAGCACAUAGUGACCAUGGACAAUUCAGACAGCGAUGAUGAGCAACAAGAGCCAAAAGGAAGUGAAAAUGUUGAAGCUGAAGAAGAAUAUCAAAAAAACAAUCAAGCCAGCUGGGUUCAACGCAUGUUCAUGGCUCUAGUAAGCGACACUGCCCUAUUCAAUACACGUGAAGGAAGAGCUGGAAAGUGCAUAACUUCAUGCUUGGUUUAAACCUUAAUGCGUCAUAUCCAUUGUCUCCUUUAACGCAAUUUUGUUCUCAAGAGUCUGUCGAUGAGGAUACAUUGGAUCUUGCAGUUGCAGACCCUGAUGAAUUUGAACAGAUAUAUGAGCCACUGGAUGUGAAAAGCAAGAAAAUCCAUAUUGUAGAUAGUGGAUUGACAUUCAAUCUGCCAUACCCUCUUAUCCUAAGACCUCAACGGGGAGUGGAUUUGAUCAUCUCCUUUGAUUUUUCUGCAAGGCCAAGUGAUUCAAGUCCCCCAUUCAAGGAACUACUACUUGCGGAGAAGUGGGCACGCAUGAAUAAGCUACCAUUUCCAAAGAUAGAUCCACAUGUCUUUGAUAGAGAAGGGCUGAAGGAAUGUUAUAUAUUUCGACCAAAGAACCCAUCAAUAGAAAAAGACUGUCCGACAGUGAUUCAUUUUGUUUUGGCUAACAUUGAAUUUAGAAAGUUCAAAGCUCCAGGUGUUCCCAGAGAGACUACAGAAGAAAAGGAUUUUGCAGAUUUUGAUAUUUUUGAUGAUACUGAAAGUCCAUUUUCAACAUUUAAUUUUCAGUAUCCAAACGAAGCAUUCAAAAGAUUGCAUGAUCUCAUGGAGUUCAACACACUCAACAACAUACAUGUAAUAAAGAAGGCAAUUCAAGAAAGCAUUGAAUACAGAAGGGAGCAUCCAUCCCGCUGUUCGGUGUCACUUAGUGAUGUUGAGGCACGGAAAUUCUUUAACAAAAGCAAACCGCAAACCUGA